AUGGCAGCAGAUGACCAGAUCUUUUCAACCGUGGAAUGGCAGAAGCCGCCACUCUUGGUGUUUAUUGUGUAAAGACGGUGGUUGAAAGACGGUCACUGCGCACCUAUUUGGAAAGACGAAACUGUUACCAGUGGAAACCUGAAGGGUUUUUCUGAGUCUGAGAAGAUAGAGGUAGAUGAAGACAUGAAGAAGACUUUGAUUGGCAUUAAGCAGAUGAAAAUCAUGAUAGAAAGAAUAGAGGAAGAACAUACUAAUCUAAUGAAAACCCUGAAGAAAUGCAGAGCAGAAAAGCAGGAGACCUUGACACUUAUGAAUGAAGUUCAAGAGCAUCUGAAAGAGGAAGAGAGGCUAUGCCAAGUAUCUCUAGCAGAUUCAUGGAACUAAUGCAAGUCUUGCCUGGAAAGUAACUGCAUGAGAUAUUAUACAGCCUGCCAACCUGACUGGUCAUCCAUUAAAAAUACGAUCAAAUUAACCACUUCUUCCAUUUCUGCCCCUCACUCUAUCUACCUCAUGAUAUAUCAGUUUCUGUUUCCUUUCCAUGAAGAUAAUCAAAGCGAUCUCCCCAUCUGUGAAAAGCUCACUGAGAAAGAUGCACAAGUGGCCCAAAUAGAGGAUGUGUUCAGCCAAUUGUCUGUGGACGUGGGAUCUGUAUUUAACAGAAGCUGUAACAUCUUCAGACGGAUGCAGCAAGAAUUUGACCAGGCUUUUCAAUCCUACUUCAUGUCCGAUACAGAGUUAAUUGAACCUUAUUUUCUAACUUUAUCCAAAGAGCCAAUGAAGAAAGGAUAUCUUUUGCAGAGUUGGGACAUUCCUACCUUCUUUCUGCUAUGUUGUAAUUUCAAUCUCUCUAUUUAUGAAACUGUCAGUGAAGCAAUUGCUGGGACACGGAAUGCUAUAGAGGAUUUACCAAAACAAGACAAAGGUAUCUGCAUGUGCUCCCAUCACUUUUCUGUACAGGUAGCUCCAAGUGUUCGUGGAGAAAAAUAUUCCAAACCAGAUGAAAUAAUGGUAGAGUUAAGCAUUCUGUCUUCCCUAAUUUUCACACUCAAGAUUCCUUCUGAAAAAAGUGCUGAGGGUUUUAACUUUAUUGACUAUAUGGUGGCAAAAGUUCUACAACGUUUUAAGAAGCGUUUUCAAACUUGGUAA